CAGCUGUCUCCCCAGAUACCGGUAUCGUGUGUGACUGACUUUCGUUAAACAAGAUUUUCCGAGUUAUAUCAUAAAAAGAAGUGGAAAUUGUUUAUUAAUUAUUUAAUAAACAAAAGCCCAACAUACUAAUACAAAUUCUUCAUUUCUCACUCACUAAACAAAUAGAAUAUCAACUAUCUUCGUACAAUGCUUCCCAGUGUAAUGGCUUGCUCUCGACUGGCCUCGAUGCAAAUGCAAAGAGGGGCAGCUCUUCGCAACCACCAGCAAUUGAUAAGAAAUCUCUUCAUACUCAGCGUCAGCUCCGGAAUAUGGAACUCGGUGAAAGCGAGCAUUGAUGUCAAGGCAAAACCAGUUGUCAGUAACUUGCCAUCGAGUGCCUGUGCUAUGAACAAGAAUUACUGCACUAGAGUUAAUAUUCCGGUGGUUGAGUAUGCUGAAGUCAAAGAUCUGCCAAAUCAUCCAGAGAAACUUCUCAUCGAUGUUCGCGAACCGAGGGAAAUCGAAGGAACUGGUCUGAUUCCAACAGCUAUAAGAAUACCCUUGGGUAUUGUGGAUCAGGAAUUGGCACCACAUGUGAAAGCAGAGGACUUCCAAAAGAAGUACGGACGUCCGAAGCCCGAUGCCAAGACCUACAUCAUCAUGCAGUGUCGCAGUGGAAAGAGAUCGGAAGAUGCAGCUCAGAUAGCUGCAGCACUAGGAUACAAGAAUGUUCACAACUAUGUUGGGUCAUGGUUAGAGUGGGCUGACAAAGAGGGUCUUCCAAAAGAACCUCAGUAGUUUUAUAAGUUUUAAAAAUAAAUUGUAAGCUUUGAACUUUUAUCUCAUCAAUAAACUAAGUUGACAUUAAUAAAAUAAAAAUGUUUGCUUUUGGUUUUAA